AUGAUUAGCAAAGUAACGGCACCGGAGAUCGCGAUAGUGGGUGGUGGUCCUUCCGGGCUGGCGUUUGCAGGUAUGCUCGAGCGUGCAGGCUUCGACUACGUGGUCUAUGAGCGGGAAUCGAGGGGGUCUCUUCCCAGAGGUGGCUGCCUCGACCUCCACCUCGGUAGUGGUCAGCGCGCCAUGAAGGAGGCGGGGUGUUUUGAAGAGAUGAACAAAUAUGGCAGGCGCGGAGAGGCCACGAUCCAUACGGUCUUUGAUCCAGAGGGGACAAAAGUGGCUAGCUGGGGUGAGGGACAUGAUAAGCCAGAGCUGGACCGUGGUCAGAUCAAGGCCGCUUUGCUGACGACCAUUCCUGACAACAAGAUCAAGUGGGACGACAGGGUGAAGGAGGUCGUGAGAGACGAACAAGGGGCCAUAGUGGUACAGUUUGAGGGUGGAGGGACGGCUACUGGCUUUAAGCUUGUGGUGGGCGCGGAUGGGGCGUUCAGCAAGGUUAGGCAUCUGGUGACAACGGCGGCGCCACAGUAUGCCAAGAGGACGUUCAUCAACGGCACUAUUCACCCCGAUAACCCAUUCUACUCAACGGUACUUAAGAGUGCCGGAGCUGGCCCGCAGGUCGUGAUGGGCAAAGGACUCAAGAUAUGGAAUCAGAUGCAAGGCGAUGGCCACUAUCGAGUUGACCUGGGAUUUGAAAAACCGGUUGACUUUACGAGAAACGGAACUUUCGAUAUUUCAGACACCGAAGCCGUGAAGGAACUCCUCCUUACGGAGGAGUUUUUCGGCAAAUAUGGGCAAUAUUUCCGAGAUUUGAUCAGUGCCUGUGAAGGCCCUCUCUUCGUCUGGCCGCUGUGGCACAUGCCCAGCGACAGAUUCAACUGGGCGCCGAACGCAGACGUGACAAUCAUCGGUGAUGCGGCACACGUGACACCUCCUUUUGUCGGUGAUGGGGUCAAUUGCGCAAUGAGAGAUGCCAUCAUCUUGUCGCAGAAAUUAAAAGAGUUUGGGAUCACCAGAGCGGCCGUGGCGGCAUAUGAGAAGGAGAUGUUUGUCUGGGCGACCGACCUCAUUGACCGAAGUUUGGAAUGCGGAGAUCUAUUCUUUGACUGGAAUGCGCCAGCAACCUUCUUUGAGGCACUGGCAAAGAAGCCACUGAUCGGCACGACAGACGACGUUUGA